AUGCUGGUGAAAAAGCAUGCAGGGAAAGGUGGGGGUCGGGAGCCAGGCUCCGAGGACCCGAGCCCCGCCAGGCAGCGUUGUGCCUGGACCGUGCCCCCCUGCACCGCCCUGUCGGCCCUUCUGUCGGUGGUGGCCGUGAUGUCUUGUCUGUACCUGGGGGUGAAAACCAACGACCUCCAGGCGAGGAUCGCUGUUCUCGAAUCCUCAAAAGGGGACCCUUCCAUCCAUCUGCUUCCCGAUGGCCUGGAUCAGCUCAAAGCAAUGGUGCAAGAGAAAGUGGAGCAACUUCUGGCUCAGAAAUCCUAUGAACAAAUGGCUAAAAUAAGAAUUGCAAGAGAAGCACCUUCAGAGUGCAACUGCCCAGCAGGCCCUCCAGGGAAACGAGGUAAAAGGGGCCGAAGAGGAGAAUCUGGUCCUCCUGGUCAACCUGGUCCUCAGGGCCCUCCAGGUCCAAAAGGUGAUAAGGGAGAACAAGGUGAUCAGGGACCUCGGGGUCUGCCAGGCUUCCCCACAGUUGCUGCUCUGCACAGUAAUCAGAUCCUCACCGUCAAGGGUGACCAAGGACAGGCUGGGCCUCCAGGACCUCCAGGCCCUCCUGGCCCAAGAGGGCCUCCAGGGGACACAGGGAAAGAUGGCCCCCGUGGAAUGCCAGGAGUGCCCGGUGAACCAGGGAAACCAGGAGAGCAAGGCUUGAUGGGUCCUCUGGGGCCUCCAGGACAAAAGGGUUCUGUGGGAGAACCUGGAAUUCCAGGGGUGAAUGGUCAAAAGGGUGAUCCCGGGUUGCCUGGAGCAGUAGGACAAAAUGGAAUACCAGGGCCAAAGGGAGAACCUGGAGAUCAAGGCGAAAAGGGAGAAGCUGGAGAGCAUGGCCCCAAAGGUGACACAGGCGAAAAGGGUGACCCUGGGUCAUCAGCUGCAGGAAUUAAGGGAGAACCUGGAGAAUCUGGUCGCCCAGGACAAAAGGGUGAACCAGGGCUUCCUGGGCUUCCUGGACUUCCGGGGAUAAAGGGAGAACCAGGUUUCAUUGGUCCUCAAGGAGAACCAGGCUUACCAGGGUUACCAGGAACAAAGGGUGAACGUGGGGAGACAGGGCCUCCUGGAAGAGGUGAGCGAGGGGAGCCUGGAGCCCCUGGACCAAAGGGUGAUCGUGGAGAGAAAGGGGACUCUGGAGCCCUGGGACCAAGGGGUCCACCUGGUCAAAAGGGAGAUCAGGGAGCCACCGAGAUCAUAGACUACAAUGGCAAUCUCCAUGAAGCCUUGCAGGGCCCCCCUGGACCACCUGGACCUCAAGGACUACAAGGGCCAAAGGGAGAGCCAGGAUCUCCAGGAAUCCCAGGAGUUGAUGGAGAGCAGGGACUUAAAGGCUCUAAGGGAGACAUGGGGGACCCAGGUAUGCCAGGUGAAAAAGGAGGAAUCGGACUUCCUGGAUUACCGGGUGCCAAUGGAAUGAAAGGAGAAAAAGGAGACUCCGGAUUGCCAGGUCCUCAGGGUCCUUCUAUCAUAGGCCCACCAGGCCCACCAGGCCCCCAUGGCCCACCAGGCCCCAUGGGACCCCAUGGACUUCCUGGACCAAAGGGUGAACCAGGGUUAAAUGGUGUUAAAGGAUUGAAGGGUGAACCAGGUCAAAAGGGUGACAGAGGACCCCUUGGUCUUCCAGGAGCAUCUGGCUUAGACGGAAAGCCAGGAUCCCGGGGUACAGAUGGCCCUAUGGGACCCCAUGGCCCCGCAGGUCCCAAAGGAGAAAGAGGUGAAAAAGGAGCUAUGGGAGAACCCGGACCCAGAGGACCCUAUGGUCUGCCUGGCUUCCCUGGUCCACGAGGCGAGAAGGGUGAUGUGGGAGAAAAGGGAGAAAAGGUGACCUCUCCAUUCUAG